AUGAUUUUCCGUUUGCUGACUUGUUCCUUAGGAGAAGAAGAUGCGAUAUCCGCGCACCAACAAAGCACCUUUGUCUUUCGAGCAGCGAUGAAGCGUCAAGACAUACCUCAAGACACUACUCAUUUGAUCAUUCAAUCAUCUGCUGAAAAUACCGUUGGAUUUACUAGUACCUCGACGAUACCAGAGGAUUGGUUGAAUUUGGUCACUUCACUUGAUGAGAAUAGUGGGAAUACCAUUGCCUUGCAUCUGUCUGGAGAAUGGCACAGGCAAAGAAUGAAUUCUUCAAGCCAGAAUCUAGAGGAAUGCGUCUUUGGGUACCAUGCGAAUCUGGAGCAUGUGGAGUUGUACCAAGGUCUGCUACGAAUUGGUCCGUUUGCCUUUAUUGCGUGCUCCUUCUUGGAAUCUGUUGCCCUGCCGUCCACGGUGGUCACUAUUGGUCAACAUGCCUUUGCUCGGUGCUCCAACAUGGUGGACAUCAACUUGCCGGAGGGAUUGCAGGUGAUUGAUGACCGGGCCUUUUACGACUGUCACUCUUUGGGACAUGUUGCUAUUCCUUCGACUGUGGCUAUUGUUGGGAAACAUGCAUUUCAAUCGUGCCAUUCAUUAGUGGAUAUUGAAUUCCGGAAAGGGCUAAAAGAGAUUCAAGAGUAUGCCUUUUGGAAAUGCAAAUCCUUGUGCGCAGUAUCGAUACCGUCACCAACACACAUGGUUCUUGGAAAAUGUGCCUUUGCGGAUUGUCACAGGCUUUUGAGUGUGGAGUUUUCGGCCGACACCACCAGUCUGGAAUUGGGAAGAUCUUGCUUUGCCGCAUGUCCCAGUUUGGUGAACUUGUCUAUUCCGUCCUCUACAGUCAUUGGAUCCCUCGCCUUUAUCGAGUGCCCAUUCAAGGCAAAGGAUUUCUCCGACAGGUUCACCAAUUUACCACUUCACAAAGCGUGUUACCAUUCAUCGACUUUGGAUGUAGAUGGUCUGAACGCAAUAAUCAGAACGGCAGGCUGGGUCAGAGACGAAUGUGGCGCGUCCGACACUCUCGGAAUGACGCCAUUUCAUCUCAUUGCCACUUCUGCGUCCUUGCAGCCAGAUUUCUUGCAGAUCCUCUUGGAACAGUAUCCAGUCAAUAUUCUUUCACACCAGGAUAAACGGGGCAAGACUAUGAUGGACUACCUACUGAUCAAUGGGUCCAACAAGGCAAUCUCACUGAUCAAGAUGAUAUUGGAACGGACAGUGGUGACGGCCAUAUCGAGUUGGGGGCUGUGGGAGCCGUGGAAAUUGGACUUGGUGACCAAAGUGGAGGAAUCCGGAUCUUGGGACGAUGACGCUCCGACUAGACGCAAGGCCCUUGACGAUAUUCUGGAUCGUUUGGUGACCUGCACCAGAAUAGAGGCCACAUCGAUUUUGGAACAGACAUUGUGGAAGAUGAACAACAACCGCUUUGCCUGUGGUGCAGAUGUAGUAUUACCCAAUGUGAUUGGUUUUCUUUGGAACAAUCAUACUCCUGGACCAUCUUCAUCACCACACGAAUAUGCUGUACUCGCUCCUGAGGUAUCCUGGUUGCAAGGCCAUGUUGAAUCGGAUGAUGACUGGGAUGAUAUCUGGUAG